UAAAAAAAUAAGAAAAGCAGUAACAUGGGGAGAUUAAUUUUGGAAAAUUAUUUAAUGGAUUUGUUGUUCAAAUAUAUAUGGAAAUACACAAUUUAUUUCUAUAUACAAAGCAAGAUUGAAUUUUGCAAUCAAAUUUGAGGAACGUAUCAUUGUAGAUUAUUAAAGUUUUACAAAAACUUGAAUGCGUUUAAAUAAAUUAGUUAAAGUAUCAUACAUGUAUAAAAAGAUGAAAGAAUAGGGACACCUAGUACAUUAUGUAUUAAGUAUAAUCAUUUAGAAACACAUCGCUUUAGGUAUCUAUUUCAAAUAUUGCAUCAAUGACUCAGCUUUUAGUAUAAAUGGUCUUUGCGAAACUGUGUAACUCGUUAGUAUUCUUCGACUUGUUAUUGGAGACGAAUUUGCUAAUGAUAAGUAGCACGAUGCAAUCUGUAGUCUCGAUACCGUUCCUCUUCAUAAUAUUUGCGGUGAUUAGCGGCAUAAAUACAUACGACGGUUGCAGUUACGUUACUUGCGGAACAAACCAAAAAUGUAAAAUGUAUAAUAAUAAUCCGAUAUGCUGGUGUAAAGAUGGAUACAAAAUGGAUUCAUAUACGAAAUUGUGUGUAGAAGACCAAACAGGUUGCAAUGGUGUUACUUGCGGAACUAAUGAAGAAUGUAAAAUGUAUAAUAAUAAUCCGACAUGCUGGUGUAAAGAAGGAUACAAAAGAAACCCAUAUAUGGCGUGUGUGAAAGACAAACCACGCGGUUGCGAUGGUAUUAUUUGCGGAACUAACGAAGAAUGUAAAAUGUAUAAUAAUAAUCCGACAUGCUGGUGUAAAAAAGGAUAUAAAAGAAACUCAUAUAAUGCGUGUGUGAAAGAUGAAACAGAACGUGAUCUUGUGGCAUUUUUUUGGCUCUGCAAUCUUCGCAAAGAGCUCGGCGUGCCAAUCAAAGUCGCCUAG